UUCUCAUUGGCUAAAGACGAGGGUGGGUGGUGUCUUACUGUCCGCGUCUCCCGCUGGCUGGUGGGAGAGACAGGUUCUUGCCCCGCCCUUCGGACUAAUUUAGAUUUUAAACAAAAAGUGAAGGCAAUCGUGGUCGUCUCUCGUGUGUUCGCUCCCUAGGAGGGUUGAGUCUCGCUGAGCUCGGGGAGUUAGGGAGACUCGAGCGGUGAGAGAGCCCGGAACGAGUCCUUCGCGGAACCAUUGAGGCGAGUCCUCUGGGAGCACUUUGAGAGACGGACCCUGGCGGGCCGGGCCAGACCGGCAGGGAUGGCGGCACAGGCGGCCGAUGCGAGGCUGGGGGCUGCCGUGCCCGUGGAGCUGCGGCGGGAGCGGCGCAUGGUGUGCGUGGAGUACCCGGGCGUGGUGCGCGACGUGGCUAAGAUGCUGCCGACUCUGGGCGGCGAGGAAGGCGUCUCCCGUAUCUACGCAGACCCCACCAAGAGGCUAGAACUGUACUUCCGGCCCAAGGACCCGUACUGCCACCCCGUGUGUGCUAACCGCUUCAGUACUAGCAGCCUGCUGCUCCGCAUCAGGAAGAAGACAAGGCGGCAGAAGGGUGUGCCAGGCACCGAGGCCCACCCCGAGGUCACAUUUGACAUGGAGAUCCUUGGCAUCAUCUCCACCAUUUACAAAUUUCAGGGAAUGUCCGACUUCCAGUACCUGGCUGUGCACACGGAAGCAGGCGGCAGGCACACGUCGAUGUAUGACAAGGUGCUCAUGCUGCGGCCCGAGAAGGAGGGCUUCUUCCACCAGGAGCUGCCGCUGUACAUCCCCCCACCCAUCUUCUCCCGGCUGGACACCCCAGUGGACUACUUCUACCGACCAGAGACGCAGCACCGGGAAGGCUACAAUAACCCCCCCAUCUCGGGCGAGAAUCUGAUUGGCCUGAGCAGGGCCCGGCGCCCCCACAAUGCCAUCUUUGUCAACUUCGAGGAGGACGAGGUGCCCAUGAGGCCACUGGAGGCUGCAGUCCAGACAUGGAAGAGAGUUUGCACCAACCCCAUGGACCGGAAGGUGGAGGAGGAGCUGAGGAAGCUGUUUGAGAUCCGUCCCAUCUGGUCCCGGAACGCUGUCAAGGCCAACAUCAGCGUCCACCCCGACAAGCUCAAGGUCUUGCUUCCCUACAUGGCCUAUUACAUGAUAACGGGCCCCUGGCGAAGCCUGUGGAUCCGAUUUGGGUAUGACCCCCGAAAAAACCCAGAUGCCAAGAUUUAUCAAGUCCUUGAUUUCCGAAUCCGUUGUGGAAUGAAAUACGGUUACGCCCCCAGUGACUUGCCUGUCAAAGCGAAGCGCAGCACCUACAACUACAGCCUCCCCAUCACCGUCAAAAAGACGCCCAGCCAGCUCGUCACCAUGCAUGACCUGAAGCAGGGCCUGGGCCCGUCAGGGACAACCGGUGCUCGGAAAUCGGCCUCCAACAAGUACAAGCUCAAGGACUCGGUCUACAUCUUCCGGGAGGGGGGCCUGCCGCCCUAUCGACAAAUGUUCUACCAGUUGUGCGAUUUGAACGUGGAAGAGUUGCAGAAGAUCAUUCACCGGAAUGAUGGGGCGGAGAACUCGUGCACAGAACGGGAUGGGUGGUGCCUCCCCAAGACCAGCGACGACCUGAGGGACGCCAUGUCCCUCAUGACCCGGCAGACUAUCCGCUCUAAGAGGCCUGCUCUCUUCUCCAGCCCCACCAAGGCCGACGGCGGGAAAGAGCAGCUGACCUACGAGUCCGGAGAAGACGAGGAGGACGAUGAUGAGGAGGAGGAGGAGGAGGAGGAGGAGGAGGAGUUCAAGCCGUCGGACGGCAGUGAAAACGAGAUGGAGACGGAGAUCCUGGACUACGUGUGACGGGGCCCUGGGCCCAAGGCCGGGCCUCCCUGACCAGGCCAGACUGGUGACCGGCCUAAUGAGGGAGCCAGGGCAAGCCAUAGCUCCCCCGUGCCACCCACACAGAGCCAAUGGCCUUAGGAGCCCCCUCUGAGGAAAGCUGGGGAUCCCAGCAAAGGGCGCCGCUGACCCAGCGCUGGGCACACGUGACCUGCUGCUCUGUGUUGCCCUCUGGCUCUGCGCACGUGUGAACCAGCCCAGCGUCCGGCACCGAGCCGGCACCUACCACCUCUCUGGCUGAGACAAGCCAGGGGCCAGCUGCAGGUGGAGAUGGCGCACCUGGGGCAGGGCUGGUCUCAGCUGGGGUCUCGUGACUCUGGUGGCAGAGACGGUUCGGGGAGCCUGGUCCAUGGUCACUGUGGCCAGAGGCUGUCCUUGUGGACCCCAUCCAUUUGGGGUAGCUUUGGCAAAGGCCAUGCCCAGCUGGAAUUGUCCUAUUAAAUCAAUGUU